CAUAAGGUGCGCGUGAACUCAAAACAAAGCCGAAGAAGACGAGGGCAUCCUGUCGGGACGACGUACUGAUAUUCACGGAGCCGUUAUUUGAGCGUUACUCGCAGGAGCAACACCAAACUGUCGGUGCAAGAGGGAAAGACGCUCAUCCCGUCUUUGCCAUGGCUGACAUCAAGAACUUCCUGUACGCAUGGUGUGGCAAAAAAAAGUUAACCCCCAACUAUGACAUCCGCGCCGCCGGCACCAAAAACCGAUUCAUGUGUGAGGUACGCGUGGACGGCUUCAACUACACCGGCAUGGGCAACUCCACCAACAAGAAAGACGCCCAGUCCAACGCCGCUCGGGACUUUGUCAACUUUCUGGUCCGGGUGGGAGAAAUGAGCGCCGCCGAGGUUCCGGCCCUUGGCCAGGCGGGCGUGGCCCAGCACGCGGGCGUGCCGGGCACCCAUCAGCCUGACGGAGAAGCCAAGGCGCCCUUUGGGAGUCUGCCGUCCAGCGGGCCGCUGCCACCUCAUCUGGUGGUUAAGGCGGAACAAGAGGAGAUGCGGGCUGCUCCAGUUCCGGGGGUAACUGGACUGGGGUACUCUGGCGGCGGUGGGGGAGCUGACUGGGAGCGUGGCGCCAACCUGAAGGACUACUACGCCAGGCGGGAUGAACAAGAAGCUCAGGCGACUCUGGAGUCGGAGGAGGUUGACCUGAACGCCAGUCUUCAUGGCAACUGGACUCUGGAGAACGCCAAAGCCCGUCUCAACCAGUUCUUCCAGAAGGAGAAGACCAGCGCUGAGUAUAAAUACAGCCAAGUGGGGCCCGACCACAACAGGAGCUUCAUCGCCGAGAUGCAGCUGCAUGUCCGACAACUUGGCCGCCGUGUGACCGCACGCGAGCAUGGCUCCAACAAGAAGCUGGCGGCGCAGUCGUGCGCCCUGUCUCUGGUGCGCCAGCUGUACCACUUGGGCGUCAUCGAGCCCUACUCGGGCGUCACCAAAAAGAAGGAGGGAGAACGCCUGGAAGUGUUUGAUGUGCCGCUGACUCCGGAGCUCCAGCAGCAGCUCAGCGUUGUCGUUGAGGAGCUCGGGGUGCGGAUCCCUCCGCCCCCUGCAAACCCCGGCGAGACAGUAUCGUUGCUUCCCGCCAAGGUGUCGGCGUUUGAGCCAUCUCAGCGGCAGAGUGGGGCAGGCGUGGUGCCAUGGUCCCCGCCACAGGUCAACUGGAACCCCUGGACCAGCAGCAACAUCGACGAGGGCCCGCUGGCCUUUUGCACGCCGGAGCAAAUCAGUAAUGACCUUCAGCAUGAGAUGACAGAGCGGCUGGAGCACGACGAGCACCUUCACAAGAUGCUGAGCGAGCGCGAGCAGCUGCCUGUCAAGAAAUUUGAGGAGGACAUUAUGUCCGCAGUGAACAACAACUCAGUGGUAAUCAUCAGAGGGGCCACCGGCUGCGGCAAAACCACUCAGGUCCCACAGUACAUCCUGGACCGCUUCAUCAAGGCGGGCCAAGCCGCCCACUGCAACAUCGUGGUCACGCAGCCCAGACGUAUCAGCGCUGUGUCGGUGGCGGAGCGCGUGGCCACGGAGAGGGCGGAGGAUCUGGGUCGGAGCUGCGGCUACAGCGUCCGCUUUGAGUCCAUCCUGCCCCGCCCUCACGGCAGCAUCCUUUUCUGCACCAUCGGCGUACUCCUGAGAAAACUGGAGGCGGGGAUUCGAGGAAUCAGCCACGUCAUCGUGGAUGAGAUCCACGAGAGAGACAUCAAUACGGACUUCCUGAUGGUCGUCCUCAGGGACGUGGUCUUGGCAUUCCCGGAGAUCCGCGUCAUCCUCAUGUCGGCCACCAUCGACACCAGCAUGUUCCGGGAGUACUUCUUCGACUGCCCGGUCAUCGAAGUGUUCGGACGCACCUUCUCCGUGCAAGAGUACUUCCUGGAAGACUGCAUCCAGAUGACCAACUUUGUGCCGCCCCCGCUUGAGCGCAAGAAGAGAGACAAAGAUGAGGAAGGCGGCGCAGACGAAGACGUCAACUGCAACGUGCUAUGCGGGGACGAGUACUCGGCGGAAACCAAGCGCUCCAUGGCACAGUUGAACGAGAAGGAGCUGUCUUUCGAGCUGGUGGAGGCUCUGCUCAAGUACAUCGAGACACUGCGCGUGCUGGGUGCCGUCCUGGUCUUCCUACCAGGCUGGAACCUCAUUUACGCCAUGCAGCGCCACCUGGAGUGCAAUCCCCACUUUGGCCCGAGCCGAUACCGCAUUCUCCCGCUACACUCUCAGAUUCCCAGAGAGGAGCAAAGGCAAGUCUUUGAUCCUGUGCCGGAUGACGUCAGGAAGGUGAUUUUGUCCACCAACAUUGCCGAGACCAGCAUCACCAUCAACGACGUGGUCUACGUCAUCGACUCCUGCAAGCAGAAGGUGAAGCUGUUCACAUCUCACAACAACAUGACCAACUACGCCACCGUGUGGGCCUCCAAAACCAACCUGGAGCAGAGGAAAGGGCGGGCCGGCCGAGUUCGAGCCGGGUUCUGUUUCCACCUCUGCAGCCGCGCGCGAUUUGACAAGCUGGAGACCCACAUGACUCCCGAGAUCUUUAGAACUCCGCUGCAUGAAGUUGCCCUGAGCAUCAAGCUGCUGAGGCUGGGCGCCAUCGGUCACUUCCUGUCUAAAGCUAUCGAGCCGCCGCCGCUGGAUGCCGUCAUAGAGGCGGAACACACGCUCAGAGAACUGGACGCGCUGGAUUCGAACGAUGAGCUGACUCCGCUGGGGCGCAUCUUGGCCCGCUUGCCCAUCGAGCCUCGGCUAGGAAAGAUGAUGAUCAUGGGCUGCAUUUUCCACGUGGGAGACGCCAUGUGCACCAUCUCGGCGGCGACCUGCUUCCAAGAACCCUUCAUUAGCGAGGGCAAGCGUCUGGGCUUCGUCCACAGGAACUUUGCCGGCACCCGCUUCUCAGACCACGUCGCACUCUUGUGCGUCUUCCAGGCCUGGGACGAAGUCAGGAUCAACGGCGAGGAGGCGGAAAGUCGCUUCUGCGAACACAAACGUCUCAACAUGGCAACCCUGCGGAUGACCUGGGAGGCCAAAGUCCAGCUCAAGGAGAUCCUGGCCAACUCUGGAUUUCCCGAAGAGUGUCUGUUGACACAGACGUUCACGGCAGUGGGCCCGGACAACAACUUGGACGUGGUGGUGUCUCUGCUGACGUACGGCGCCUAUCCCAACGUUUGCUUUCACAAGGAGAAGAGGAAGAUCCUCACCACGGAGGGACGCAACGCCCUCAUCCACAAAACUUCCGUCAACUGCCCUUUCACCAACCACGACCUCGCCUACCCGUCGCCCUUCUUCGUUUUCAGCGAGAAGAUUCGCACACGAGCCAUUUCCGCCAAAGGGAUGACGUUGGUUAGUGCCCUGCAGCUUCUGCUAUUCGCUUGCAAGAAGGUCUACUCCGACGGAGACGUGGUGGAGCUGGACGACUGGAUCAAGCUGCGGCUCCCUCACGAGACUGCAGGCCACAUCCUGGCUCUCCGGGUGGCGCUGGAGGCUGUGGUGGUGGAAGUGAGCAAAGAGCCUGAGCACAUCUCCCAGUUGGACCAAAGCAACCAGCGGCUGCUUAACCUCAUCCGACAUGUGUCCAAGCCUUCCGCCGCGGGAGUCAACCUGGCCGCCGCCGCCAACCGCAGGAUGGGCGACGGCCCUCGCCCCCCCAAGAUGGGACGCUUUGACAGAGGGGGCGGAGAAGGAGGCUACCAGGGGGGAGGUGGGGGAUACAGAGGGGGAGGCGGCUAUGGCCAAGCAAGAGGGGGCUACCGAGGAGGCUAUCGAGGCUAUCGAGGCGAAAGAGGGCCAUAUGGCGGAGGAGGGGGCUACCGAGGUAGAGGGUGGGGCGGCCGAGGGGGCAACGGCCGAGGGGGCUACGGCCGAGGCGGCUAUGGUGGUUACUAAGAGGAAACUUUGCGCUGGCCAUCAUUGUCUUCUCGGCUUCAAUAAAUCACCAAACAGAC